CCAACGGCAUCGCUCCCUUUGGGAACGGGGGUUGGGGGCUGUAAAACCCGGAAUAUGGAUAAAUUCUCCAAAUCUGCCCUGUGUUUCGGCUGGAGUGUUGAGAAAUGACUCUGCUGGUCGCCUGUGGGCAUCACUGGAGGUGGCCGGAGCUGGAAGGGGUGGUGGCACGAAGACCAGCGGGGUUUGGUGCUGUCCCUGCUGAACAGCUCACGGUUCCGUUUGUCCUUCCCAGGUGAGGAACGGGAGAGGGAUGGAGUCUGAGCUGUGACUGCACCUCGGGCAGCGAGGUGGUGGCAAAGCCGGGGAUAAAAACCUGGUGGUCCCCCAACCUUCCACCCCUCAACUCACCAGUCUUGAAAAAUGGCCCCAGCAACUCCCAGAGAAGCCGGAGUGUGGAGACAAACCCGGGCUCUCUUGUUCAAGAACUGCCUCAUUAAGUGCAGGACCAAAAAAAGCAGCGUUCAGGAGGUCCUUUUCCCACUCUUUUUCUUGUUCUGGCUGAUCCUGAUGAGCAUGAUGCACCCGCACAGGAAAUACGAGGCGGUGGCCAACACCAACCUGGGCAGCCUGGACACCUCGGUGCUGGUGAAUUUUGUCAUCGGGUACACACCACCGACCCCCCUGGCACGAGAGAUCAUGAGGAAAGUGGCUUUCGAUAACUUCGAAGACGGCCUCAUCACAGAGGAGUAUUUGAGCGAGGAGGACCUGCAGGAGUCCAGUGCCUUUAAACCCUCCAACUUCGUGGGCGUCGUGUUCACCGGAGCCAUGUCCUACCAGCUGAGGUUUCCCGACUCGGUGGCGAUGGCUUCGCUUUACACCGAAUCCAGAGCCAGUUGCUCCAACCUGCGGAAGGGCUGUGAGUCGGUGACGUACUGGAGCUCGGGGUUCACGGCUCUGCAGGCCUGCAUCGAUGCUGCCAUUAUACAGCUGAAGACGAACCAUUCGGUGUGGGACCAGCUCCAGGUGACGAGAGCCAUGGUCAUGGGAGAGGCUGCUGUGGUGGAAAUCGAUAAUUUCCCUCGUGCCAUCAUCCUCAUCUACCUGGUGAUCGCCUUCUCCCCGUUCGGGUAUUACCUGGCCAUUCACAUCGUGGCGGAGAAGGAGAGGAAGCUGAAGGAAUUCUUGAAAAUAUUGGGGCUUCAUGACACCGCCUUCUGGCUUUCCUGGGUGCUGCUCUACAUGAGCCUGAUUUUUGUCAUGUCCAUCCUCAUGGCAGUGAUUGCAACGGCCUCCUCCCUCUUCCCCCAGAGCAGCGCCUUCGUCAUAUUUCUCCUGUUUUUCCUCUAUGGAAUCUCCUCAGUUUUCUUUGCUCUCAUGCUGACACCUCUGUUUAAGAAGUCAAAGCACGUGGGAAUAGUGGAGUUCUUGGCCACGCUGGCUUUUGGCUUCGUGGGCCUUAAUAUCGUCCUGCUGGAGGAGUUCCCCAAGUCCUUCGUGUGGCUUUUCAGCCCCUUGUGUCAGUGCAGCUUCUUGAUCGGUGUCGCGCAGGUCAUGCACCUGGAAGAUUAUGAAGAUGGUGCCACGUUCUCAAAUCUCAAUCGGGGUCCUUACCCGCUCUUCAUCUCUCUCAUUCUGCUGGUGCUGGACAGCGUGUUUUACCUCCUCAUGGCCGUCUACCUUGACCAGGUUAUCCCAGGGGAGUUUGGACUGCGCCGCACGCCGUUUUUCUUCAUGAAGCCCUCGUUUUGGUCAAAGCGCAGGAAAAAUUACAAGGAGUUGUACGAGAGCAGCGUCAACGGCAGCUCGAGCUUCAGUGAGAUGGUGGAACCUGUGCCUUCUGAAUUCCAGGGCAAAGAGGCCAUCAGAAUCAGCUGUGUUCAGAAAACAUUCAGGAAAAAGGGGGAAACUGUGGAGGCUCUCAGAAAUUUAUCCUUCGACAUCUACGAGGGUCAGAUCACGGCUCUGCUGGGGCACAGCGGCACCGGGAAGACCACCCUGAUGAACAUCCUCUGCGGGCUGUGUCCACCAACAGACGGGUUUGUCUCUGUCUACGGGCACAAGGUCUCGGAAAUCGAUGAGAUGCUGGAGGUGCGGCAGAUCGCGGGGGUGUGCCCCCAGUCCGACAUCCACUUCGAUAUAUUGACCGUGGAGGAGAAUCUCUCCGUAUUUGCUGCCAUCAAAGGAAUCCCCCAGAACGAUUUGAUCCAAGAGGUGCAGAAGGUGUUGCUGGAUUUGGAUAUGCAGCCCAUCAGAGACAACCAAGCUAAAAAAUUAAGCGGGGGCCAGAAGAGACGGCUGUCGGUGGGAGUUGCUGUUCUGGGGAACCCAAAGGUUUUGCUGCUGGACGAGCCGACGGCGGGAAUGGACCCCUGCUCCCGGCACGUCGUCUGGAACCUCCUGAGAAACAGAAAAGCCAACCGUGUCACCGUUUUCAGCACCCACUUCAUGGACGAGGCAGAUAUCCUCGCCGAUCGCAAAGCUGUGAUUUCUCAAGGGAUGCUGAAAUGCCUUGGAUCUUCUCUCUUUCUCAAAAGCAAAUGGGGAAUUGGCUACCGCUUGAGCAUGCACAUCGAUGCCUACUGCAACACGGAAGCCACGACCUCGCUGAUCCGGCAGCACAUCCCUGCAGCCAGCCUCAUCCAGCAGAACGACGAGCAGCUCGUCUACACCCUGCCACUCAAGGACAUGGACAAGUUUGCAGGCUUGUUCUCUGACCUGGACACUCACUCCCAUUUGGGCGUUAUCACCUACGGGGUUUCCAUGACGACGCUGGAGGAUGUCUAUCUGAAGCUGGAAGUUGAGGCAGAGAUCGACCAAGCAGAUUAUAGCGUGUUCAGUGCCCAGCAAGUGCAGGAUGAAGCGGAUACAAAGUCCUUCGAUGACAUGGAGCAGAGCCUCCUGAUGCUCUCGGAGACGAAGGCCCCAGCCAUGAGCAAUACAGCCCUCUGGAAGAAGCAGGUUUCCACCGUAGCAAAAGUCCAUUUCCUUAGUCUCAAGCGGGAAAAUAAAUGUGUGAGAGUUAUGUUGUUGCUUUUUCUGAUCUUUCUUGUAGUUCAGAUUUUAUUGUUUUUCAUACACCACAUCAUCAAGAACUCGGUAGCUGCUGUCAGGCUUUCCCCAGACCUGUACCUGCUGAAGCCUGGUGAGGACUAUCACAAGUACCGGAGCCGUCUCCUGCUGCAGAACUCCACGGAAUCGGACAUCGAUGACAUUGUCCGCUCUCUCGGGAGCAUGAACGUCCUCUGGGAGAUGUUCAACGACAGCGACUACGUCUCGGCCGCCCCUCACAGCGCGGCUCUGAACGUGUUUGACCUUGAAUCCAGGCAGAACUACGUUUUCACGGUGAUAUUCAACAGUACCAUGGUGCAUUCCCUGCCCGUGUUGAUGAAUAUUGUCAGCAAUCUGCUCCUGCGCAGCUUAAACGUGACGGAGAGCAUCCAGAUCUGGAGCAACCCCUUCGUUCAGAACCUUCCAGAAACAAUUUUCAGACUGGAGAUCUAUUUUGAAGCUGUGUUACUGGGAAUCAUCAUCACUGGGAUGCCACCCUAUUUUGCCAUGGACAAUGCAGAAAACCACAAGAUCAAGGCGUACACGCAGCUGAAGAUCGCGGGGCUUUACCCCUCUGCCUACUGGACGGGCCAAGCCGUGGUGGACCUCCCGCUCUUCUUCUCCAUCCUCGUCCUGAUGAUCGGCAGCCUCUUCGCCUUCCACUACGGCGUCUACUUCUACGUGGGCAAGUUCCUGGCUGUGAUUUUUUGCCUGAUCGGUUACGUCCCCUCAGUCGUGCUCUUCACCUACGUGGUCUCCUUCACCUUCAGAAAAGUCCAGAAUACGAAAGAAUUUUGGUCAUUUAUAUUUUCAGUGACAGCCUUGCUCUGUACGGUUGUCACUGAAGUGGCCUUUUUCCUGGACUAUUACCUGGUAACCACCGUCCUGCAUUACGUCUUCUCCAUCUUCAUUCCAAUUUAUCCCCUUAUUGGCUCUCUGAUUUGCUUUAUAAAGGUCUCCUGGAAAGGGAAGCGAAAGAACGGAGGAUACUACGACCCGUGGGACCGGCUCCUGGUGGCGGUUAUAGCUCCCUAUUUGCAGUGUGUCGUGUGGCUCUUCCUCCUGCGCUGUUUCGAGCUGAAGAACGGAGGGAGGACAGUCAGAGAGGAUCCGUUUUUCAGAAAAUGUUCCACAAAACCCAAAUCCUGGAAGUUUGCCGACGUCCCGCCGGAUGAGAGCGAAGACGAGGACGUGAGGGCGGAGAGGCUGCGGGUCCAGGAGCUCCUGAGCAGCCCCAGGAGCGAGGAGAUGCCAGCAAUCCUGGUCAGCCGCUUGCACAAAGAGUUUGAUGAAAGAAAGGAGUUUCUUCUGGGGAGAAAAAUAAAGAAAGUGGCAACGAAACAUGUGUCUCUGUGUGUAAAAAAAGGAGAAAUACUGGGGCUGUUGGGACCCAACGGAGCUGGGAAAAGCACGUUAAUUAAUAUGCUCGUUGGAGAGAUUGAGCCAACCAGUGGACAGGUUCUGAUGGGAGAUGGCUCUUUUGGCCCGAGCGGCGACGAUGACUCAGUGAGGUUUGUGGGGUACUGUCCUCAGACCAACCCGCUCUGGCCAGAUAUUACCCUGCAGGAGCACUUUGAAAUUUAUGGUGCCAUCAAAGGAAUGAGUCAGAGCGAUGUUAAGGAAGUCGUAAAACGCAUCGCCAGUGCCCUGGAUUUAGGGGACCACCUGCAGAAGACGACGAAGAAGCUGGGGGUCGGGCUGAAACGCAAGCUGUGCUUUGCCCUGAGCAUGUUGGGCAACCCCCGGGUGACGCUCCUGGACGAACCCUCCACUGGGAUGGAUCCCAAAGCCAAGCAGCACAUGUGGCGGGCGAUUCGAGCAGCGUUUAAGAAUAAGGAGAGAGCAGCUAUCCUGACCACCCACUACAUGGAAGAGGCAGAUGCUGUUUGUGACCGUGUGGCCAUCCUGGUGGCCGGGCAGCUCAGGUGCAUAGGUACAGUGCAACACCUGAAGAGUAAGUUCGGCAGAGGAUACUUCCUGGAAAUGAAAUUAAAGGAGACAGCAGAUGUACAGCAGGUGGAGUAUCUGCAGAACCAGAUUUUGCACAUCUUCCCCAACGCAAAUCGUCAGGAAAGUUUUGCUUCUAUUUUGGCAUAUAAAAUCCCUAAAGAAGAUGUACAGUCGCUUUCACAUUCUUUUUCCAAGCUGGAAGAAGUGAAACAUGCCUUUAACAUCGAGGAGUACAGCUUCUCCCAGGCGACGCUGGAGCAGGUGUUCGUGGAGCUGGCCAGGGAGCAGGAGGAGGAGGACAGCGGGUUCGGGACGCUGAACAGCACGCUGUGGUGGGAGAGGACGCAGGAGGACAGAGUCAUUUUCUGAGCUCCUCACGGCCCAGAUGUUCUCCCCAGCUGGGGCUGUGUGCCGGCCACGGCCUGCCCGUGCCAUGGGGCCUGUGUGUGGGGGGAUCCGGAGCCGGGGUGGGCACAGGGAAUGGCAUUUGGAAGCCCAGAGCGUGUCCCACCAUCCCGGCCUCAGGAAUCGCCCCGAUAGCGGUGAGCAUCCCCAACGUUGUUCAGCCUGGUCUGGAAUUCCAUCUCCUGCCCACUGUUUCCCAGUUUGUGUUGGGCAAGGAGGUGCUGCCCAGGCAGUGGGUCAUCUCCUGGCGCCGGUGGCAAGUUGGUGGCUUGUGCCACAGCCCCCACCUCCCUCCCUCCCUCCCUCAGCCCCGGCUGCCCCUGACCGGGCUCUCCUUGCUGGAAGUUGUGCCUUUGGGCAAAACCAGUGGCUGCUGGAGUGUUGCUGGUUGGUGGGUCUUGCCGUGCCCCUGCCCUGGGCUGUGGACACGUGUCCCUGCGAGGUCCCGGCUGCUCCGUCCCUGCUUAACGCUUAGAAGAUGCACCUGCUUAGGAGAGAGGGGGGGGAAAUCUCCAAAGUAACCACCUUCACCGCAAAGAGGGUCCUGAGUUGUGCCACGAGCUUGGCUUGGUGCCCAACCCCCACGAAAAUCCUCAUUUACAGCCGUAACAUGGUCCUCAUCAGCACCUCUCACCCCCCCGGCUGCAGGUUGGUGGCUGGGGGGGACCCCGUGCUGGGGGGGUUGGUGUUAGUGAUGCAUGCACUGUAGGGUUAAAGGGGGUGUACAGAAGCAGAUGCUGGUUUGUUUGUUGGUUUGGUUUUUUCCCCCCCCAGCUCGGUAAAAGUACAAAGACAUAACUGUAGUUACGGGGUUUGCAGAGAUGUGAGUAUUUCUCGUCUUCAUGACAAACAGCCUAAUUCUUGUGGUGGGUGGAACGCCCUGUCUCCUGCCAGCUGCUCUCCGAGACAGUCCUUUGCACAUGUUUUCGUUUCUCUUGGCAGUGGAUUCAUAAGUAGAUGCAAGGGCAUUUCCUAAUCCGUCUUUGUUGUGAUAGCAGUAAGUGGUGCAGUCGUGUGCUCAGCACAGGAACGUUUGCUUUGGCCUGGCCUGGCCAUUUUUCAUUCACCUGCGUAAACCACCCAAAAAAUAAGGUCCAAAUUCACAGCCUCAUCAGUAGGAAUCGUGCCUUUGGUUUGCAUAGAAGCACUCAGAAGAGCAGAAUAUGUGAUCCUUUAUCCUAAGAUAUGACACGUGUAUGUUGAAAAUAUGUAUUUUUUGUUUUGUUUUUUUUUCUAUGCAAAGCUAUCAUCACUUUUUUUAGUCUUAUAAGGUGAAAUUAAAGAUGCUAACAGUUUGUUGUGUCCUGCGAUGAACAAAUACAGAGAAACAUUUCUAUUGAAA